AUGCUUGCCUAUCUAGGCUUUAUUGCCAUCUUUCUCUUUAUUUAUUAUAGACAAUUCGUUUGUGAGAGGGUCAAACUCUACUACACGGCUACAGAUAAUCCCACCGUUAGUGAAUUGGUGGAUCGUACCUUUAGUAAUUCGGAACGUGCUACUUUUUGCCCAACUCCCUAUCUCAUCAAUACUCAUCUUCAAACCAUUUUCAAUGUAGCUCUACGACCAGAUAUUAAUUGGUAUUCCUAUGAUACUGAAGAAUUUACAUUCAAGUGUGGAGGACAUAUUCUGUUGGAUUGGGUUCAUGAUAAUCGUCUUCCUCGGACAGAUGAAUCAUCGGAAGAUGAGAUGAGUGGUGAUGAUUUGAUAACGGAAGAGUCGCCCAUCAUGUUGGUCUUUGCUGGAGUUUGUGGAGGAAGUAAAGAAAUUGAAAUUAAACAUUUUGUGUCGUAUGUGGUACGAGACGGUGGAAUGAGAGCUGUGGUGGUGAAUUAUAGAGGUGCUCAAACACAACUUAAAACACCAGUGUUUGGAUUGACGAGUGAAGAUAUCGAUGUUGUUAUUAAUCAUAUUAAGAACAAAUUCCCAAAGGCUAUUGCAAUCAUUGCUUGUGGAUUUAGUCUUGGUUCAAAUAUUAUGACAAAAUAUUUGGGAGAAGUUGGCAAAGACUCACCCAUUGAUUUUGCCAUUUCAGUCUCAAAUCCUUUCAAUUUAGAAACUUCUUCAAGAAGAUUACAAGAUGAAUUGGUGAAUCGAUUGAUUUAUGACAAAGUAUUUACAAAAAAGAGAAAGGAAUUAGUGUUGGCUCAUGAACACGUCUUUGAGAUCACACCUGUGAAAAUGGAGAAAGUGAAACGAGUGAGUUCAACAUUGGAGUUUGAUGACGUUGUAAGUCGUGAAAUAUUGGGAAUGGACAGUUUGUCCAAUCUCUAUCAACGAUUUAGUUGUAAGCACGAUAUUACAGGAAUUCAAAUUCCAGUUCUCUUUUUGAAUGCUUUGGAUGAUCCAAUUUCCUCAAAACAUGCAAUUCCUUAUGACGAUCUGAAAGAGAAUACAAACAUUAUUCUGGCGACGACUGAACGAGGAGGCCAUGUUGCUUGGUUAGAUGGAUUGACACCUUACAAAGCGGUGCCAUCAUGGAUGGAGAGAACUUGUGUGCACUUUGCAAGAGCUUGUGUUGCAAUCAAGCAACAACAGAAAUCUAGAGAUGUUGCACAAUGUGAAACCAAAUAA